AUGGAAUCUGAAGUUGCCACGUAUGGAAGCGUCAAUAUUACAGCAGAAAUGGGGGUAGCAGCAGCUGCCUUGAUGGCCUGCGCAAUGUUCCUUCUGGUAUUGGGAUACCACAUGCAACGAAUAACAAGUGGUGUUAUUGGAUUUCUCGCAAUUGGUCUUUUCACCUGGAUUGCUUUGGCCAACCAACGACCAAGCGGUGGUUACAAUUCAAAUGAUGCAAUCACGAUGUUAGUUGUUCCUGCAGGCUUGGGUGCACUAGGUGGUCUUGUAUGUUUUUUUAUCCAAGCAAUCAGGGUGUAUGUCAUUGGUGCAAUUGGAGGGUUGGUGCUGGCACUCUACAUCCUUAGUUGGAGAGAAGAUCUCGUCAUCACUCAACCUGUGGGACGAGCAUGUUUUAUUGCAUUACUCCCUCUGUUGACAACGGCCAUCACUUGGACUUUGGACCAAUAUGCAGUGCUAUUUUUUGUUUCCAUGACGGGCGCCUACACGUUCAUUGUUGGCAUCGACUUCUUGGCACAUACGGGCUAUAUAAGUGGUGUAAAGCAAAUCUUGGAUCAUAACGACGUCUCUCAAUACAACAUUGAUGCGCGAGUAUAUGUAAUGCUGGUGAUCACUGCUGUUGCUUGUAUUUUAUCGUUGAUAUGGCAACAUCUAUAUGCCAAGCAGAAAUCGACAAUCCAUGCUGCAACAAAAGACGAAGAAGCACCACCAGCUGAGUCGCCUUUACCAGAGCAAGAACCAAACACGGCAACUGCUGGAGAAACUCAUGGCAGUGGAGCACCUUCAUCUGCUGCACUUUCUCCUCGAUCAAUGUCCGUAUCAUAG